AUGCAGCAGGAUAUAGAUGAUGAUGAUGACGAGACUUCUCAAUAUAAAUCUCUAGAAGAUCUCUCAUCAAACUUAGAAACGGCACAUACAAGUACUCCUAUGAAAAAGAUAUCCCCAAUAAAAGCUAUGACCCGAACUGAUCGUCCACCAUCAAUUCAGCAGGAAUCCCCUAUUGUCCCACAAAAGCUCCUUCAAACGUAUUUGGAUCGAUACAAUACUGAGCGUGAAAAGAGAGAUUUGGAUACUGAAUUCGGAGUACGUUUCCUACAAAGCGGAAUGAAAAUUGGUGAUUCUUUAGUUACUUUUAAUAGGGACUUGAUGACCCUCAAGGGUGAGAAAUAUAUAUUAAGUUCUGGUCUCAUUGAAUUGAUCUUCAAGAAGUCGCCUAAUAUGACCAUUAUAACCGAAACUGAUAAAAAAACCUACGGCAAUAUUCUGCGGAGUACAAAUGCCCAUCGAAUAUACUAUAAACCCAAGGCAGCUCUUCGAACAAGUAAUACCAUGAAAUAUCGCAACAUAAUCGCAAAUCUUAUAAAAUCUGAGAAAACUGUAACAGCUCUCCCUCGGUAUAUGGUUGCAUCAGUAAAACCAAGAAAAAUGGACUAUGUGUACUGGCAUGAACCUAAUGAGCUAGUAGAUAGACUUCGACUGCUUAUGGCGUCACAAUCGGCUGGAAAUAUGAAUCACACUAAUGAAAUUAUGUCAAUAAUGGAAGAAUUCCGUGAGACUGAGAUUAUUUAUUAG